AUGGAUAUUAUGUAUCAAAAGUUAAUGAAAAAUUUUGAUUAUCCUAUAGAAAUGAAGUGUGUUUUUGAGGAUGUACUUGGGGAAGAAAAUGAAAUGAAAAAUCUUGAACACCAAUAUUUAGAUAAAUAUCAAUGGCCAACAUUUUUACAAGAAUCUAGUUUGAAUUUUACCCUUGGCCUGGAUUUUAAUAAUUGGAGUCAAGGCAGUGAAAAUACCUAUUUUUGUCAUUGGGAAGGAAAUUUUCGUGAUUUAGAAACAUCAGAUUAUUUUCAUAUUACAUCAGAAUCUUUUAAAAUUAUCUUUCAAAAAACAUGCCUUUUAUUUGAUAUGUUUAAUAUAAAAAAAAAUGACAUUAUUUGUAUGUUUACACCAACUAUUAUUCAAUUACCAAUUAUUAUGUUAGCAGCUAUUUCCAAAGGUAUCAUCUUUGCACCUAUGAGUCCAGAGAAUUAUAAAAAUAUCACAGAAAUUAAAGAAUAUUUAAAAAAAUUUUCUAUAUCUCCUAAACUUUUUAUUACCAUAGAUACCUUUUAUAAUGGAGAAGAAUGGGUAGAUUGUAAAGAUAUAUUGGACAAAACAUUUCAUGACAUAACAUUGUAUAAUGAUGUAAAAAUUAUUGUUAUACGACAUGGAGGUCCUCAUCCAGGUGUUCCACCUCCCUCAUAUACAUAUGUUGGAAGGAGACCUAACUACAAUGUUACUUGUAUAAUCAAUGAAGGGAGGGAUUUCAGGUGGGGUGAAUUAAUGAAAAAUAUCAAAGUUCCAUUAACAUUCAAGUUUCCUAUAAAUAAAGUCAAACCAUCUGAUAUCGUAUUAUAUGUAAAUUAUGAAUAUAUUAAUAGUUUACAAUUUUUAAUUCUUACAUUCUUUCAUAAAAGACUUUUUAAAAAAGAAUGUCCUUCAAGAUAUUUGCAUUUUGUUGGUACUCCUCCAGAUUGUCUAUUUUUUAUUAUACAAAUAUAUGCACUUAUAAGUAUUAACAAGCCAUUUUUAAUUACUGAAUGUUAUAUAAAUAUUAAAGAUAACAGUAAAAGGAUAAAAAAAAUACUUACAGACUAUGAACUUAAUUCUGCUGGUAUACUUUAUCAUACAUCCAUAGAGAAAGAGAUAAUUGAAUUAAUAAAUUCUCUUCAAAAACUCUUCAUUACCUCUGGUGAUGAAACAUCUGGUUUAAAUAAGAUGGUAAACAAAAUUAUUUAUUCCUAG